AUGGAGAAUACUGUAGCGCAGGCUUUAUAUGUCGUAAAGUGCAUGUACCUGUUGGUGUCGGCAUGGCAGAUCCGUAACGGCUACCCACAGCUCUGCACUGGUAACCUCCUAACCCAUGCCUAUGGAUUGGCAAAUAUGAUUUUCUUCAAAAUAUUCAUGCUGAUUCCGUUCCUCUUCGAACUCCGCACAGCAAUUGAUUGGACCUGGACCGACACAUCGAUGCCAUUAUUCGAUUUCUUCAACAUGGAAAAUUUCUAUGCUGUCAUUUAUAACUUGAAAUGUGCACGGCAGUUUGAGCAGAGUUACCCAUCGCCACGAGGAGAACCAAAAGGUGUCAUCGUUAAAUACAUGAUGGGAUUGCCAAUGAUUCUGCUCAUCAUUUUCCUGGUUUGGUGUCCGUUACUGGCGUUCUCAUUGAUGAAUCGGAUAGGUGAUAUUUCGAUUCCUGACCGAGUACGGCUAACAAUGUCGCUGGAAGGUUACCCGCCCCUGUAUGAGAUUGAAGCCCAAGGAUCCGAACUGCGUCCCAUGACAUCUGACGAGUUGAAGUAUUUGACCGAUACAAUGAGUCGAAGGUAUUUCCCAUCUACGAACAGUACCGAUUCAAUGAAGCGGUCACGUGAUAGUGUAUCGUUUUUGAAAGAGUAUCUCAACCAGGCGAUUAUACGAGUGGUCAAUUUCCGUCCCGAAUCUGAAGUACCGUGGGGAAUUUCAGAGGCGUCUCGUAAUGCAUUGAUUGAACAGCUGAGCGGCAACUCUUCGAUAAACUUCAUUGUCGCUGUCGAGUUCUCUCGGCCAUAUGACGUGAAGAAGAAGGAUGUACAGAAACACGCUACCCAGUGGUCUAUUGAAAUCGAACCAAACAGCGAACUGCGCUCGGAAUGGAAUCAAAUCCUGCAGAGCCAAGGCGCAGGCCAAACGAUAUCAUUACCGGAAGCGUUCCCGAGCUAUUUGCUGGUACCGAACGAAGGCGCAGUCACUAUUCCAACACCUAUUGUAUCAGCGAUUCAAUACAAUCAAGACAAUUACCAACGUCCGAAAAAUGCAUCCGACCGUGAUUGGUUCGAUACCGUUAAACUGUCAUUGGUGAAUUCAACAACAGGGAAUGUGUGGGUCGCGCAGACGGAACAUCCAUCUCAGUACACAAACGUCUACUUCAACGCGUCCAAAAUCACUUAUGGAACGGAUCGUGAGCGCACCUACGUACAAACCAUAGCGUUUGUCGACAAAGCGUUCCCGUCAUUUUUCGCCAAAUAUCUGCAAGGAGGUGUGAUUGCGAUGUACAUCUCGUUGGUGAUCGUUGUGGGUCGUUUGAUUCGAGCAUUGUUCACUCAUUCACCGACGGAAGUGAUGAUAACAGAAAUUCCAAAUCCGGACUUCUUACUGAAGAUCUGUCUCGACAUCUACCUUGUCAGGGAGGCUAAGGACUUCUUCCUAGAACAGGACCUAUUUGCCAAAUUGAUCUUCCUGUUCCGAUCACCUGCGACCCUGAUUCAAUGGACGAGGAUGAAGACCAAAAGAGACUGA